AUGGCGAUUUACAAGACUUACAAGAUUUUACAAUAUGCAAGUGACAAACCUGGCAUUUACAUAAUGGUUGAGCAGAGCCGAAUGGCCUUAUUCAAGACCAUGGAUGAGUUGAGCUUCGUCCCUGUCAUUGUUUCCGAUUCGAGACAGCUAAAAGAUAUCACGUUGGAUACCGCCAUAAAGGCGAAAGAUUACCUGAGGGAGAGAUCUCCGGGAGUGAUGCCAACAACAUACAAGCCGCCACUGUCAUGGUUGCGAUCAGGAUUUUACGAGUUGGAUAUAUACAAUCAACAAAAAGAAGAAAGGGGACCAGUGACAGCAAUCAGCAACAAGUAG